UUUUAUCAGACAGCGGGCCAGCGAGCAUUAGAGAGAGAGAGAGAGAGAGAGGGAGAGAGGGAGAGAGGAAAGAGAAAGAGGCUAGCCUUUGAGUGGGAAACAGGCACAGAAAGAACAAGAGGAGGUUGACAGUGCUCUAAGAAGCCAGUGCUGUUAUCCCCUCCCCUCGCCUGAGAGCCUCAGCCGCCAUCUGAAUUUGCACAUCACAGUCCAACAACAUGAACCACAGCUCCACCGAACCAGACCCCGAGCCUAUUGAGCCGAUCCGGUACCUCAGUAAAGGGGAGGCAGCAGCCAUAGAGACAGAGCUGCUGAAGGACUACCGGUUCGGACAGCAGCAGCUCAUCGAGAUCUGGGGCCACGCCUGUGCUGUUGCCAUCACCAAGGCUUUCCCCUUGAGUUCUCUGAAUAAGAAGCAGCCCACAGUGCUGGUGGUCUGCGGCCCUGAACAGAACGGCUCCAUUGGCCUGGUGUGUGCCAGACACCUGCGCAUAUUUGAGUACGAGCCCACCAUCUUCUACCCUAAGCGCUCCACUCACAGCCUGCAUCAGGACUUCACAAUACAAUGUGAGAAGAUGGACAUCCCCUUCCUCUCCUACCUUCCAACAGAGGUGCAGUUGAUAAAUGACGCCUAUAACCUGGUGAUCGAUGCCAUCUUCGGCCCAGAGAUGGACCACACGGACGUGAGGGAGCCCUACACGGGCAUCCUGGUCACCCUUAAGCAGGUCAAAAUCCCGAUUGUUAGCGUGGACGUACCCUCAGGUUGGGAUCCAGAUGAGGCCAGCACAGAUGGAAUAAACCCAGAAGUCCUCAUCUCCCUCACAGCACCAAAGAAGUGUGCUGCGAGUUUCCCGGGGAAGCACUUCCUUGCCGGACGCUUCCUGCCCUAUGACAUCCAGAAGAAAUACGAGCUCAAUCUGCCAGAAUUUCCCAGCACAGACUGUUUUAUAGAACUGUAGCAAACGCCCCUGAGCUGUUCUCUCCUUAAGUAACGCUAAAAUGUAAACACCUUUUUUUAUCCUACAGUUUGUUACCGUGCUAUAUUGUUACUGUGCUCUAUCAUAUGAGUCUGGAGCAUAUUGUGGCCUGGCCAGAGUUUGCUUUAUAUGCUAAAAACAAUAGAGAGACUAUAUUUAGAAUCUGUGAGUGGUCUGAGUUAUAUGAAGUAAAUUUGCAAAUAGUUUGAAGGUUGUUCAUGUUGACUGCAGCAUUUUCUUUUUUUAAUUUCCUUUGCAAGUAAACAAGUUCAUUUUCUCAACUGCGAAAUGUUUUCAAUGUUCUGCUGCAUAGAUACUUUACACCGUUAGUCAUUGAUUUUUAUUUAUUUAUUAUUAUGAUUGAAGUUUUUGAUGUCCACAGCACCUGUAAAACAGCUCUAGUCCUCAGCCAUAGAAGACUUUCUCUGGUUGUAUUUAUAUUCUCUGUUCUCCAGUACUAUAUUUCCUCUAUCCAAACACUAAACUCUUGUCUUAAGCAGUUGUAGGGUUUACUCUUAGUUGAAUUAAAAGGUCUUAGUAAGUCAUCAAACUUUUUCUGUGUGUUUGUGAAUGCUUAAAGGUUAUUUAUCAACAUUACAGUGAUGAAUUUUGAGACACUGAGCAUCACAGUCGUAGUGAGGGAGGUUUUGGGGGGUAUUGUAUGAAAGCCAUAAAACAACACAAACGCUUAAAUUUUUCUUGACACCAUACAGCACAUUUGAAUCAAUAUGUGACAGAGUGGGGAGAACACAAAAAGAGUGCACACAGAAGAUGUAAGGAUAUCUCAGGACACUGGAGGGCUAAAGUGGUUCUGGAGGAUGCCACAUGAGCUACAGUCCUACCUACCGAUGGCCAGGUAGGAAGCUAGGAAUAGGGACUGACCAUACCAACUGUUAUUUCAAGAGGUUAAAAUACUGCAGACCUACAGUGCUGGGGCAUUACUUGAUUCAAUUAAAAUAAACAUUGCAUGGUCCUUUUUUUACAAUUGCAAUAUGA